CGAGUACCUAGCCGAAUGGUCAUUCCGGGGAACUCCAACUUACAUUGCUUUUCAUCGCGAUCGCGUGGCAUCCGAGUUGUCCGAGUGCGCUGGCUGCGCACAGAUGAGACCUCAACUCUGCUCGUAUGGGCGCACGCAAAUGUAAGGGACGUGCUGAGACUUCAGGCAGCCGGGCAGACUCCCGUCGGAUCGACGUUCAAAGGCCUAUUGCUAUUGCUAUUUCGGAUUUUGCAGACAUUCACAUCUGUUCAGGAGAGUCUACAAACUGCUAGUUGCCAUCGUGCUUUUCGAGCUGUCGAGAAUUUUUUUGCAAAUAAAGCUACUACCAAAGGAAACAUGUCGUUCGAGGCUGAAAAACAAAAAUAUUUAUCAAUGUCUGCUGUGGACAAAAGGAAAAUUCUCAAGUCAGAGCCAACAACUGUUGAUCAAAUAUUGACUUGGCCUGAGUAUUGGAACAAAAAUAAGACAAACAUUGGAGUGCUGAAGUUGGAGGAGCCAGAAAAACCUAAUAAAGAAUUGGCCAGCAAGAUAUCAAUUUGGGAGGGUGAUAUAACUAAACUGGAAAUUGAUGCUAUUGUCAAUGCUGCUAAUUCCAGUCUGCUAGGUGGUGGUGGAGUGGAUGGAGCCAUUCACAGAACAGCAGGGGCACAUUUAAAAGAAGAAUGUGCCACUUUAGGUGGCUGUCAUGUUGGAGAAGCCAAAAUAACUGGGGGAUACAUGUUGCCAGCAAAGCAUGUGAUUCACACAGUAGGGCCUCAGGGAGAAAAGCCAGAAAAAUUGACAGAUUGUUAUAAAAACAGUUUAACUAUUGCCAAACAAAAUGGUCUUCGCACAAUUGCUUUUCCCUGUAUAUCAACUGGUAUAUAUGGCUAUCCACAAAGGCCAGCAGCCAAAGUGGCUCUAUCAAGUGUUAGGAAAUUUCUACUGGACAAUCCUGAUAGUAUGGAUCGCGUCAUAUUUUGCUUGUUCUUAAAAACGGACAAAGAUAUCUAUGAAGAAUUGUUGCAGAAAUACUUUGCUUUUGAGUGAAAGCAGGGAAUGUCUAUACACAAGGUAAAGGAAAUUGUUGCGUCUUCGAGUCGCAUAGUUGGAGGAUUUGCUCUUCGUAAAAUAUCUUAUUUAUUUAUAUUUAAUAAACGUUUUU